AAGGAAAAGAAAGUGGACCCGAGCGGGGUUUGGUCUGGUUUGGCUCCAUUCGGAAGCCAGUGUCUUGGUUGCGACCCCGUGGACCACGUUGUCUGUAAUUGCAGUGCUGCAAGUGGGGUGAAGAACUCUCCACGGACAAGCCUCGAUCCUUCACAUGGCUUGAUGAACAACAGUCCAGACUUCGGACCCAAGAGAACUCGUGCGACAGUUGUCGGAUUUCUUCCUGGUCCAGCAACCAUUUUCGUCUUUGCUCUCUGCCCAGAAUCGAUUGGAGUGAGUCGAGCUAGAAAGUCUCGAUUUUUACGUUUUUCGACUUGAUCCAUAUUCAAGAUUUAUUAGAGCCAUUGCUGGUUCACAGUGGUGGUGAUUCUUCUCUCUGUGAGAUCCUACAUCUAGCGGGUUCGAGCUCGAGGAUGGACGACUCGGAUUUCGAGGUCUUGAGCGAUGAUCCUCGGGUUAAGCCUGGGAUUAGAGCACUGCAGAGAAAUGGGUCGUCGUCGUAUUCGUCGUUGGUGCUGGACAGCGAGAGGGGAGAGCUGGUCGAGGCCUCCGUGAGCGCCAAGAGGAAAGAGCCGCCUGCCGAGAGGAAUGUUGAUGCCCUGAAGAAUCACAGUGAGGCGGAGAGACGGCGGAGAGCGAGGAUCAACGCGCAUCUCGACACGCUUCGUGGGCUAGUUCCCGAGGCAAAGAAGAUGGACAAAGCAGCGCUGCUUGCCGAGGUUGUCAACCACUUAAGAAAGCUGAAAGGAAAUGCUGAAGAAGCCAUGCAGCAGUAUGUGAUACCAACAGAUGCUGAUGAAAUAAAGGUGGAGCAAGAACGGGGUGAAGUAGUGGAUUUAGAAUUUGAAACGAUCAAGGCAUCACUUUGUUGUGACUACAGACCUGGCCUUCUCUCCAAUCUAAGGCGAGUGCUUGUCGACCUUGGGUUGAUCGUGUUGAGUGCAGAGGUUGCCACCCUUGAAGGAAGGAUGAAAAGUAUUAUGGAGCUGACAAGCCAUGUAGGAGAUAAGACAUUGUGUCAGGUUCUUUCAAGCUCUCUCCAUUUGGCCCUUUGUUCAAUGGUCGAUCAGUUCUCUACUUCAGAGGAGUCUCCAAGGCCCUCAGUGUCAGACAAGAGGAGAAGGGCUUAAUUAUCCUGUUGUGAAAGAUCUUGAAGAAGCUAGAGAAAUUCGACUUCCGUGAUAGUCUGACUUCUAUAGUACAUGGAACAUCCUUUGGUAAGAGCUGCGUCAUAAGUACUGAUAUAGUUCCAUGUGUUCUUUUCUUCCUUCUUUAGUGAGGUGAGCUUGUAAAGAUGUUUUGUGCCUGAAGCUAUAACCAACUGGAUUAUCGUUGGUACUUUGAAAUAAUUCAGGGAAAUUAUAGUCGAGUGUCGGAUCUGUUGUACAGAAAGUUUUCCUGGAUGGAUAAUGCACGACUGGCUAAUGGACCCUCGUCAAAAUAGAUAGUUUCUCUGUUAAUGGACACUCAUCAAGCUACGGCUGCCUAUCCAGCAAAUAGAUGCCAGGAAUCUUGAGCAGUUGUGAAGCGAUCAGUGGAAUAAUUAUAACUUUCACUGAUGGGUGUGGAAUUUCAUCCCGAAUCAAAGUGGUCAAGUGUUCUGAUGUCGAGUCAGCAAACUGGUGAUAAUCAUCAGGAGUUGGCUCCCAUCUGCCACCACGUCCGGACGGUCUAUGCAUGUUCGUUCUGCAGGUGUUCACCUCAAGUUACGAAUUUAGUUUGCCAAGACUCGGGACAUUGGCAAACAAAGCCUGCCUCGACUAGAGACUGGAUUGCUUGAGGGGGUGGUUAAAUCAGUAACAGCACUGGGGCAUAAGAGAAUCAGGCAGAUCGCUAUGGGAGCAACUAAGGAGCCAAGUGGGCAUCGAGACUCAACAGCAUAUCUAAAGAUCGCAGCCUGCUAGACGAUCUCCACCGGACUGGAUGACUCAGCGAGUCCCUUGGCCGACUUUGACAUGAUUUCGACGAAUGUGACUUCCUGGCGUCUUCCAAAUGAAGAUUUUAGAUGCCUUUAGAAAUGUUUUCCAAUGUGAACUCUGUCGGAUGCUAGAGUGAAGAUGUAAUGCUCCUGUUAUUGUUGCUCCAAAUGGCUGAUCUGUUUAGAGCAACUUCUACAAACUUGCGUGCAUAGUGUGUUCUGUCUUGACUUUACUAUUCUCAAAUUCUGCUUAUUUCGGCUAA